AUGACAAACCGACUAGUUAAUCGGAUUCGACAUUCGACUACAGAGUUAGAAAUCUUACCUAUAGAACGCAUAGGAAGAACGAGACGCGGUUUAUCUUUGGAAACGUCGCCAUUGAAAAGUAGUGAAACAGUGAACCGAUUUGAACAAAAAUAUCUCAUGGAUGCAAUUGAAGAAAUUCGUAAUGUGCAGAGAAAUCUGCGUUUAGAGAAUAUUCUGUACACAUGGUAUUUGCGACGAGUAGAAAGCUCGAAAAUGAUUGAAACAUUUGACGAAUUCAAUGAUGAAAGUGAUAUUCGUGUCAGUGACAUACGAACUAUUUCGAAUCGAAAUUUAAUCCAUGCAAAACUACCUGAAAUAGCGCGACGUCUUUCAACAAAGAAGCAUUCACUUGAUCCAUCCAAUGCAGCACCAUUAUGGAGCAAAUUAGUUAGUAACUGGCGUGAGCAUAUGUAUGAAGCAUUUCUCUUGCGGGUCGAACAAGAAAAACUAUCGAUCGCUGCAUAUGAAAUUGAACAAACGAAAUUAGACUGGGAAAGAAUGAAAGUUAACGCUCAACUAUCAUUGGAAGAUUAUGAUGUUCUCCUUCGAUCGGUGCAGUCCGAUAUUGUUGCUCAACAAAUGUUAAAUCAUGAUAUAGAGAAACAGAUCAAUGUUCCAGUUGAAUUACUGAUUAAUCGCAUUCAUAAACGAGUACACUCGCGAUUAAGUUCAAUCGGUCUUUUGCGUAUCAAUAGAGCACAAACACAACUACGUAUUCGAGCCCUGGAUCUGAUGAUAUAUAAUUUGCAACACUCCGAAGAAAGAACGCAGGAAAUUGAUGUCAAUUUCGUUCGAACAAGGAAAAUUGAUUAUUUAGAUACAUUUAUGCAACUCGAUCGGCAAUAUAAGAUUGAAAAAUCGUCUCAAUAUCCUAUUCGUCGUCAAUUACAAGAGCUUCAAAACAAAGUCGUCGAGCAGGAAGAGGAGACAAUCAGUUGCGAGAAUAAACGUCGAUUAUUAGGAAAUCAUUUGGUGAAAAUUAAUCAAGAAAUCGAAUGUAUUCAACGAGAAAAUAAUGAUCUCAUUAAAGAAAAUGAGGCUCUGAAACAUCGAUUAGUCGAUAUCAAAGAAGUACCAUCAAUUACAAGUUAUGCUUAUAUUAUGGAAAGAACAAAAGAUCUACAGCACCAAAUUGAUGUAUGGACAAGAAGAGUGACCAUUGCAGAGGCGUUAUUGUCACAGACAAAGAGAGAAAGCAAAUCAUCGUAUGUUCUACCGCCCAUUCGGCAACCAACCCUCGCUCGCGAACAAUAA